AUGCACCCCUUUUCCAUCCUCACCCUUGGGAUCUUUGUCGCGGGCUACACUACCGCUCGGUGGGACCUUGUCACCCGCCUCUACGAGUUGGCCAUUUUUGCGUGGGAUCACGGUGUUGUGGUAUGUUUUGUUGGUGGUGCUUCGGCAACGACACCCCUCUAUUUCCCACUGGACCCCAGUACGAGAACGCUCAAAGGAUUCCUAUUUCUCUCCAUCUUUUUCUUCCUCCUGAUCCUACCAAUUAAUCAUCUGGCAUCGAGAGAAGGCAGCCUGCAUCCGCGCCACGUGAAUCUCGAGGAGGAUGACAACAUGCUCAUGAGCGAUGGGCUAUUGCGAGUAUUUUGGCCAUAUGAUCUCCCGCGAUCCUCUUCGCCGGGGGUGAUUGUUGGAUGGCGCAACUCAGAGCUAGAUCUAUUCGUGCUCACAGUGCUGGAAGAUGUCGAGCCCACACCCGAUUGUUCGCAUCUUCACCCUCUGCGGCCGAUCUCAGAUGCAUGUGCUUGGUUCGAUGAAUCCGCGAUCACCCCCCACCUCUUUCAGUCCCUCCCAUCUCUACGUAAACAUGCAUUCAGCAUCAAGGACUCCACAGAUAUAUUGCCCCCGGGGUCGAACUUGUCCGUCCAGGUCAUUAUGUUUGACCGUCCGCAUCCGACGCGCAUGGAGUACAUGUCUUUGGAUCCCAUCUCGCUAGCUUUGGGUGACAAGGUGGUGGCAUCAGAGAAACCGAGGCCGGUAUCAAACAAGACUGAAUCGGAAGAGGAGAAGGCUAAAUUGCGGGCUCGACUUGUUGUUGAGAAACUCAAACUUCAUACAGUUGUCAAACACGUUCCCUCGCAGAAGGAACAGGCUCUCCCAGUAAUCGUCAACCAAGUCAAUUGCGCCUAUGAAAUGGCACAGCUGAUGCACAAGAACACGCACCUCAUUGGGAUUCGUGCGAAGAGAAGUAUGAGCGUCGGGGAACGCGUGGUGGAAUCUGCUACGACCCUGUGGGGGUUUAUCGUCCUUUGCAUAGCCCAUGUGUUCUGGCAAUGGCUCUGGCCUGUCAUUACUCGGGUCUUUGUCAUAGGACUUGUGGGCCACCGAUCCAUCGCUGAGGUUGUCUUGCAGGUUCUUGAAUGGCGAGCUCGACCAGAUGCUGCUGCUCUCAAGGACAUCUCUGCAACUGCCCAGCAAGUCGAUAUACGGCUGCAGCAGUUUUGCUACUGGCCUAUUCAGUAUGUCAAGCUGCGCCAACGAAAGGACAACUGGGAAAGUGUGACAACCAGCCACCCGGAUUACAUUCGAUUUUAUAACAGCCUGUGGCUUGUGGCCAACGAUGUAAUCAUCGGGAUUGCCCUUGGAUCAUAUGUGAUUGAUAAUGCAAACUGGGUAGCCUCCCAGAUCAACACCGUGCUGACGGGCUGGACCGUGGAAGGACUGCAACGCACCAUCUCCUGGUUGAUGGAUUGGCCAGCUGGCUUGAAGCUCAACAACGAGCUUGCAGCAUUCCUCGGUGACCUGUUCCUCUGGGUCAUCGAGAAUUGGGCUGCAUGCAUUGCCAAUCUACAACCCUACCUCCCGCAUAUCAUCUACAUUGUGGGUUGUUCCAGCUUCGCCGGCGCCAGCAUGCCAAUCGCCCUGUUCUCCGACCUUCUUUCGAUUCUCACCGUCCACAUUUACUCCUUUUAUAUCGCAUCCGCCAGAAUCUUCAACUGGCAGCUCACCAUCAUCAUCUCUCUCUUCCAUCUUUUCCGCGGGAAAAAGCGGAAUGUCCUGCGUAACCGGAUAGAUUCAUGCGAUUACGACCUCGACCAGCUCUUGCUUGGCACCAUCCUAUUUACCGUCCUCUUCUUCCUUUUACCUACUGUUAUUGUCUUUUACUUGACCUUCGCAUCGGCUCGGAUGUUGAUCAUUUCAAUGAAGGCCGGUUUCGACCUUUGUCUAGCCUUCUUAAACCAUUUCCCGCUUUUCGCAUUGAUGCUUCGUGUCAAAGACUCGCGGCGACUGCCUGGUGGCAUUCGAUUCGAACUCCGGGAUGGAUUGUCCAAGAACUCCACCGAUGGGGACUCGUCCGCUGUUUCCUAUAUUCACCUCGAGUCCAUUCCACUUCCUCUUCGCGCAAUGUUCGACCAGUACUUCCAACUGGGUCACCGACUCCGUGCGCAUUACCUUGCCCCACGAGUCAUCUUUUGUCUUGUCACAGGCCGCUUCGUCCCACCCAUUCAUCGUCGCAAUUUGUACAGCAUGCAAUAUAGCAUGCUGCCUGCGCGGCGUGCAGGCAUGUUCGAAGUGUGGUCGAUGUUGACUCAGCCCAAGAAAGGUAUGAGCGGAAGCGGAGGUUCCGGCUCUAUAGGAGGAAUCGCUGCCUUGGGCAAUCCGAUUGCCAAAGUCCCACCGAAUUUUGGUCAAGGUGAUAUUCGUCGACGGGGCCACCGGUGA